AUGCGUACCAAAGCUCUUAUUACUUUCGCCAUUGCCACCCUUAUUGUGAAUGCACAAGCUACUCCUCAAGAAGGCAUGGAAGGCGGUGUUGCUGUUGCUCCUGAACAACCGGAAGCUACUCAAGUCGCCGCUGUACCCGAACAAGUCGAAAACAACACAGAAAACAACACUAAUAGUGAAGAAGAAAAUAGCAGUAUGAUGGAUAAUAAUAACGAACAAAAUACAGACGCAAUGGCUGAAGGAGAAAGCGAAGUAUCCCCAUCAGCCUCUGGUGAAGCCGAAGAGAAUUCAGAAGUCGCUCCUUCCAUGGAUGUUGCUGAAGGAGACGAAGAAGAGGCCGAAGCUACUACAUCUGGUAUGGAAUUAGAGGAAGAAGAAGAGGAAGAAGUCGCAUCUAAGAAGAACACAAACACUGAAGACCUUGAUGAAGAGGAAGCUGAAGAACAGGACGCCGAGGACGGACUUCAGGCCAGCAACGUCAGGCCUGCUGCUCAAGAAGAGGAAGAUGAGGAAGCCAUGGAAGCUGCUUCUGCUUCUAUGGAUGAACAACAACCUGAAGCCUCUGUUGCCCCCGAGAUGGCUGAAGAAACCUCCUCUGCCUCUACUGGUGAAGAAGAAGGUGAGUCUCAACCCAGUGAGAGUGCUACUGACGGAGAAGAAGGAGAAGAAGGAGGAGAAGAAGGAGGAGAAGAAUCAGAAGACUCAGUAGAAGAACCCACUACAUCAGGUACCGGAUCAGAUGAAGGAGAGGAGGAGGAGGAAACGAAUGAAGAAGAUGCUCUUCUUGAAAAGGAAAUGGAAAAUGGUGAAGAACUAGAAGAAGAGGAAGAAGAGGAAGCUGAAAUGGCUGAGGCUAUGGACGAAGAAGAUAUGGAUGCUGCGGCGGCCUCUGCUUCUGCUUCAUCAUCAGCCAGUGUGAGCGAUACAUUCUCUAGCAUGGCCUCCUUCUCUGGUUUGUCUAUGCCCACUUCCAGUGCUUCAUCAUCUUCUGCCAGCGCCAGCUCCACCCAAGCUCCUUUUGGCGUGACUGAUGCUAAGGUAAGCAGUAAGGCUCAAGCUGCCAAGUCGAAUGGCCACUUUGUCCGUGCUAGUGUCGGUGCUACUAUGGGCGCUGCUGUUGUUGCGGCUGUUUUCUCUUUGCUUUAG